GACAUUGCAAUAAAACUAGUAUACUUUUCAGACUUUUUAAAACGCUCCCAUCUGGUCUUGAAGUUAUUUGUAAGGGAGACGGACUCAAAUCAAGUUUUUUGAAUACUUAUUUCGAAAAUAAAAUGGCAAAAAAGUUUAUAGUCUGUCUUACAGAAAUUGAUGAUCUUGUGAAUCCUAAAGGCACUAUGCAAGAUUGCCUCAAAUGACCCCUAUGUCGGGAAACAAGUCUUAUUACGUUAGAUCCUAUCGGUAUAGUUUUUGGUCGUUUCGAUUGGAAUUACUCGCCGACGAAAGUUAAACGCAGGGAUAUAGAUAAUUAUAUUCUUAAAAUGGAUCAAGACGCAACUUUUGGCGUUUACAUAAGACCUCAUCCUAGCGAGGAAGAUCUGCCUGGAGACUUAAACAACGUAAAAGUUCCAUACUUACCGGACGGUGAAGUCGAUUCCGAGUACUUAUAUGAUUCGUGUUCGGAUAUAUUUCUCGACCCUGAACUAUUUUCCGGUUACGCUCGUAAGCUAUUCCGAGUUCUACUGAGAAAUGUUGAACACUAUAACGUGCCAGGUUCUGACGAGUCUGACUCUCAGCAUUGGCAGCCAGUCUGCCGCUUCAGUUCAAAAAGUAUAGGUAUGAUCACGUUGAGAAGUGCGCUGCCUAUCUGGAUUUUUGCAAUCGAAUAUUUCGAUCCCUGGGAGCAUAAACAUGUGGAAUUAGAAUUUACAAAAGAAAGAAUUCUGUCUUAUAUGAACAAAAAGCCUCCAGAGCGUAUCAAAGAAAUAAUACGUCAAGAUGCAAUCGAUACGAGAAAGAUCAUCGUGAAUCGGGCUGAAGCAAUUAAACAAGUACGGAUUAAAUUAACAAAAGCUCUUGAGGGGAUAAAUAACACAAUUCGAGAAGAUCAAAUGACAACUAUAGAACAGUUAAUCUUAGUAUCAGCGCAAGAAAUCCUUCAAGAAACUGCCUUGAAUCAAGAGCUGGAAGAGAAAUUUAUGAUCUCGCAGCCAUUAGAAUAUUUUGAUCUUUCCAACAUUUUUGUAAAAAUGGAUGUAAGCGAUCAUAUUCGUCAAAUUGCCCACAAUCUCGUUCAAGAUCAAGAGCUUCGACUUUCGUCUGCCAAAAUGUACUUGUCGAUAAAGGAUGCGUGUAUGGGGUCGGGUAAGUCAUAGGAAACGACAAAAACAUGAUUCGAGAUGUACAUUUUUAAAUCGUAAAAUGAAAAUGAAUAAUGAUACCUUAUGA